AUGAUCUUGAUCAGAGGCCAGAUGCAAUCCCGGGUCCGACCCUCACAGGUGGCAUGCCCAAACAUAAAGCCCCCGACCCCGCUGCGAGUCGCCGAGGACGCCGCCGGAGUGCGGACGCUCAUCCUGCGUGACCCAAACGACCGGUUCAUCGACGUCUGCUGGGUGGACUGCCCCUGGGGUUACGAGAGCCGGCUGCAGAGCGACCUGGCGCAGAACCUCUCAUGUCCCGAGCUCAAAAUCUCCGACGCGCUCAGCCUGAAGCGGCCCGUCAUGCGCAGCGUCUUCAAGGAGCAGGGCAGGAACAUUGUCCACAAGAAGGCCGUCAGCCUGCCCUUCCGGGACGCUGGCCUGGCGCCUUGUCUGUUCGAGCUCUUGCAGAGGAAGCAGAUCAAGUUUCUGUACUGUGAGCAAAACAGACGGCCGUACCAAUGUGACGAAGAUGGCGCCAAGCUGUACUUUACGCCGGGCUACGGAGACGCAUCGCGACUGGACUCGGAUGCUUGGUGA